UGGGGGAGUCCUCAGUGACGGAGACUGUAACCUGAUCCAGGGGGUCGAACCCAAACAGCUCUCUACAAACCAGCUCUGCACAGACCAGAUGUUGUGUUGGAGGUUCAGCGCUGAGCUCUACUUCGAACUCGGUCGUGGCUUUACGCACAAUCAGUAGUAACGGGCUUUGGGUCGGGGCUGGUUCAACCUCAACGAGGACUAGUUCUCCUAGUUCUACACCCUGUGAACCACAAGCUCACCAGGACGCUGAAGCUUCUCCGACAUGGUUUGGUUUUCUCCGCUGGGUUAAGUUCAGAAGGUCCAGUAGUCUCUCGGUUGUGGACUCCGUUAAACCCAGGACUCGGUGUUCGGUGUUGGGUUCAGAGGCUCCAUGGCGGUUCUCCUCCUGGUCCUGUGCGCCCUUAUGCUCUCGGCCGGCCGGGCGUCGUACCGCGGGCCGCUGCACCCCGAGAUGUCCAACGGGACCUUCCACCACUACUUCGUCCCGGACGGGGACUACGAGGAGAACGACGACCCGGAGAAGUGCCAGAUGCUCUUCAAGAUGACCGACGAGCGGAAGUGUGGUCUGGACGAGGACCACGACUCGGUGAUCCGGGACGACUUCACCAUCAUCAAGCGGCAGAUCGAGGACUCCGCCCGGGUCCUGGAGGGCAUCGGGAAGAGCAUCUCCUACGAUCUGGACGGCGAGGACAGCUACGGGAAGUACCUGAGGAGGGAAACCGCGCAGAUCAACGAAGCCUUCACCAACUCGGAGAAGUCUCUGCUGGAGCUGGAGGUGAAGUUCAAGCAGAGCCAGGAGAACGAGCUGAAGGCGGAGCACCGCAUCCACGACGACUUCCUGGGCAUGGUGGUCCACACCCGGGACGUCCUGAAAGACACCCUGGACCUCUCCCUGGGCCUGAAGGACAAACACGAGCUACUGUCCCUCAUCAUCCGCAGCCACGGAACCCGGCUCAGCCGCCUGAAGAACGAGUACCUCAAGUUCUAGAGGAGGUCUGUGGAGCAGGAGAAGAACGAGUACCUCAAGUUCUAGAGGAGCUCUGUGGAGCAGGAGAAGAACGAGGAGUUCGAGGAGAGGAGGUGUCUCAUCAGGGAUGAACUGUACAUUAUCUGAUUAUUAUAUCUGAUCAUAUACAUCAGUUUUAAACGAGGCCUUCAACCGGACAGUAAACUAUCGAAGUGAUGACGUUGACUGUUCCUCGAUGACAGGUGUCACUCACACUUCACUAAACAUGGAUGUUGGAGGAUUACAUGUUUACACUAUUUACAUUAUGGUGGGCUGACUUUGCACAGUUCUUGACUGUUUCAAUGCUAGAUGCCUACAUCUGAAUAGAUGAUGUAAUCUGUGUUAUUGUUAAUAAUGUAUUAUUAAAGUUAAUAAAUACUGUGACUGUCGAAUUAUUAUUUUUUAGAUGACAAUAAUUUGUAUUUGUAUUUUCUGUAAUAUGUCUGAAAAUAGAGCAUCCUAUCUAUUCUUGUCAAAGUAUAUUCAAAUAAUAAUAUUUGACUGAUAAGACUGCAGGCAGCACUCGUGGACUUCAGAGUCAAACGUUUUGUAUGGUAACACGUUAAUAAACACUAUGUCCUCCUAAAUAAAGCCCUGUUUUAAACUCUAA